CUGCAGCUCCCGGCAUGCAGCGGAGCCGCCGCACACCAGCACCAUGGCGGCGGCGCGAGGCGGAUUGCGGGGACUGCUGGUGGCAGCAAGACCCUUGGUGGAGUGUCCUGCCAAGGCCUGGGGGCGGCCGGACCCCCGGGGCAUACGGCUCUUUGGGCAUAGCUGCCACCGGCCAGCGGGACAACGGCCCAGUCCGGAGCCUGGCAGCGGGGGGCUCCCCGAGGGGGUGGAGUACAUCCCCACACGCAAGAAGGGCAAGAACCCGAUGAAGCCGGUGGGGGUGGCCUGGUACAGCCUGUACGCCCGCACACGCCUGGGCUACCUCUUCUACCAGCGACAGGUGAAGAAGGCCCGGGAGCGGUACCCGCACGGCCACUCCGUGCCCCAGCCCUACUGCUUCCCUGGGGUGAAAAUCCUGCCUAUUCCUGUGCUCUCCAACAACUACAGCUACCUGGUCAUCGACACUGGCUCCAGCCAUGCGGCCGUCAUCGACCCCUCUGACCCACUGGCUGUACAGGCUGCCAUUGAAGAAGAGGGGGUGAUGCUGGAGGCCAUAUUCUGCACACACAAACACUGGGACCACAGCGGAGGGAACGAGGCACUCUGCCAGAAGCACAGCUCCUGCAAGGUGUAUGGCAGCGCUCUCGAUGCCAUCCCACAGCUCACCAACCCACUUGCAGACAGGGAGAAGGUGAGCGUGGGCUGCCUGACCUUCGAGGCGCUCGCCACGCCUGGCCACACUGUGGGACACAUGGUCUAUGUGCUGGAUGGGGGCCCCUUGGGCAGCCCCCCCUGCCUCUUCUCCGGGGACCUCCUCUUCCUUGCUGGCUGUGGCAGGCCGUUUGAGGGCUCCCCUGAGACCAUGCUUGCCUCCCUGGACGUGGCCAUGGGCUUGGGCGAGGACACGCUGCUUUGGCCAGGCCAUGAAUAUGCACUGGAGUGCCUGACCUUUGCCAGUCUCUUGGAGCAGGACAAUUCUGCACUGGAGCAGAAGCUGCAGUGGGCAGUACAGCAACGCCAGGAGAAAAGGAGCACGUGCCCCUCCACGCUGGGGGAAGAGCAGACCUACAACCCCUUCCUGCGUACCCACCGGCCAGAGCUGCAGGAGGCACUAGGACUGUGGCAGGGCAUGGGGGAGGACCCGGACGCCUUUCGUGCCCGCGUCCUCAAAGAAGUGCGGAGGCGCAAGGACCUCUACCAAGCCACCUAGAUCCCACCCCACUCCCUGGAUCCCCCCUUUCCACGGGGCCGGGUGAUGGUUGGACACAAGGGGGCCAAGACUGUAUGGUUUGUUUUGCUGUGAAUCUCCCUCCUGCGGUGCAGGGUUGGGGCAGGGGGAAGAGUGGACACCCCCUUAAGUGGGCACCCCAUAUGUGAUCCCUGCCUUUGCUCCCUCAAACUUGGGGGUCACCAGCUGUCAUAUAGAAGCACCUCAAUCCCCUCUCGGGGGGUCUGUAGCCCCCCACUUCACUGCUGGGGCUAUAGGAAUGGCACCAAGGGCUUUUUCCUACAAUCCCUCCCCCCCUCCCCCCCAUUUUUCUGGGAGUCUACAAUUUC